UGAAGUAGUUGUUAUGAUUUCUUUUGGGCUUUUAAGGGUAAUAUAAGAACUUUAAAUUUAGGCCCAAGAACUAAAUUGCAUCAUGAACGUGUCCACCACUUACAACAAAAAUACUAAGGUGUGUCUCGUUGCAGAGGAUCAAAGCCCUCGCGAGUCCAACAUAGUUGAAUUUAACCAACGUAUCACGAGGACGCGAAAUUAGCAUCCGUCGGAGUUUGACCAAACUCCACUAGUCUGGUCAAACUUAAUUUCAAUCCCUAAAAUGCCCUCCGUGCCCACCACCUCCACCGGCACCGCCUCCCCGGCGGCAGCAACGUACACCACAAUCCCGAUAUCCGGCAUCGACGUCGUUUCCCGAUCGGCGCAGAACCUCUCCGCCUGCCUCUCCCGCUGCCGUCCCUGGCCGGAGUUCCUCGCAACCAUCUCCGCGCUCGAUUUUCCGCCGUCCAUCUCCGCCGCAUACAUCAGGUUCCGCCGCAACGGCAGCUACUUCUCCGUGAAUUACGCUAUAAUCAUCACGGCCUGCGCCUCCCUGUCACUGAUCGGCUCGCCGGUCGCGCUUGUGAUCAUCGGAUUCGUGUUCUUCCUGUGGCUGAUCCUCCACUUCUUUAGGGAAGAUCCGCUGUUGAUCUGGGGGCACCACGUCAGCGAUUGGGCGGUGGUUAUGGGGCUCGGUUUGGUCUCCGUCGCGGCCCUCUGGAUCACCGGCCCGUUGAGCAGUCUUUCAAUUGGGAUCGGCGUCGGGCUUUCGAUAUCGGUCGUCCAUGGAGUGUUGAGAAAUCCAGAAGGGCUUUUUCUGGACGAAAACGACGCCGUUUCCAACGGCUUGAUUGUCUCAAACCCAGCAGCUCCCGGCAGUCGUACUGGUGGAACUUCCUUUACUCCGCCGCUGUAAAUAGCACACAUUAAUCCGAUUUUUUAAUUUUUUAUUUUUUAUUUUUUAUUUUAUUAUUUUGCUUGUUUGUCAAAUUUCAGUACUGCUUUGUGGAUAUGUUUUGGAUUUGUAUGUUUGUAAUUUUGUACGAGUCACGCCGUUCGAAUUUAAGUCAAUUGACACAACUCACUUUAUGUCACAAA